AUGUUCCGAUAUACCUUGGGAAAGAACUUGAAAUUUAAACGGGCCGUGUUCCAGGUCCGUCAGAUCAUGAACCAGCAGCAGAAACAGGAACUCAAGUUCAAACAGAAUUUGCAGGAGCAACAAAAACGACGCAAAUGGUCCACCAUAGUGACUUCCUCGAUUGCGGUGCUUCUUGGAACAUCAGGAGUGCUAUAUCUGUGGCAACCAUGGAACCCGUUUAGCUCAGAGGUGAGCAAACAUCUGAGAAAAGGGCUUUGGCUCGAGACGAGCAAAAACAUCGACUAUUUGAAAGCACUGGGCCAUUACCAAGAUGCCCUAAGACAAUGCAGAAAGGAGAACAUGGACAAUUUGGACCCGCGCUUCACGGGGAUCGUUUUGAAGAUCGCAGAGAUGUACGGACUGCUGGAAAUGGUGGACCGUCAACGCGACGUUUACCAAAGACUUAGCGACUAUCUAUUUGCAAAGCUAGUUAAUAAUGAAGUUCCUGAGGAAUGGAAAGACCAGGUGAUCCAGCGGGAUUUGAUUGUCAGCACGCGGCUGGCCACACUUGCCAGGCCGGGAGAAACUCUGCUGGCGAUGCAGGAACUAUGGGACAGAAUGGUUUUCACGGAACAGCAGAUGGUGGAUAAAGUUCCUGCAUUGAAGGUGGAAGGUGACAUGGACAUAUUUGAGGUUUUGAAGAUUGAUUCGUGGCUGUCGAAACGCCGGUUCAUCAAGGAAAACAUCCCGGGAGACAUAGCCUGGCCGCGGUACAUGGAGGAUCUGGUUCGGGCGCGGGACCUGUAUGCCACAUUGGCCAUGUUCACCAAAAGAGAAGACGAUGCAAUCAACUUGCUCCAGUCCAACAUCCUAUUCAUCAAAGUUUCUGGCUUGGAGCCAAUCAAGAUCAGCACAGAGCUGUUGAACCUGGCCUCGGCGUACUAUUUCAAGAGCGAGUCGCCUAAAGACAAAACGGGAGCACAGCAAGCGCGCACAAUGAGCGAAAGACUAUUUUACACAAUCAUCAACGAGUACCAGGGCGAGGACGAGGAAUCUGCCGUCUGCCGAGCAAUGUCACUAUAUUCUCUCGGAAUCAUCAAGAAAGGAAGCUCUGACGGAGACAGACUGUUCCAAGAAGCCAGAGACCUGGCUACGAACCACGGCCUGCUACAGGUGAUCGAAAAGAUCGACAGCGAAACGAUACAGCUACCACAAAUCUAA